AGAAAAUUAAUGUUAUGUGCAUGAGUAUUUUUUAACUGAAUCACCGAAUACUAUGCUAGUCACGUUUUCGUCAUUGAGCUUUGCAAUGCUAAACCUUGUGUACAUAGUGAUAGGGCAUUGAAGAUAGAAAGUGAAUAUUCCACAAUGAAUAGUAGAUUUUAAGGAGUCCAACAAGAAAGAUGGGUUUCGACGUAAUACCGCUUACAAAGCACACCUUCGAAGAUGCCGUGUCGCUCACUGGAUAUGGAAAGUUCAACCUGCAGAUUCUUUUUGCAUCCGGAGGAUGUCUUAUGAUGGUAAUAAUAGAAACAAUGUCGAUGAUGUUCAUAAUACCAAGCGCUCACUGCGACCUCAAUUUAAACUUAACUACGAAAGGACUUCUAUCAGCUAUCAGCUUUCUUGGUUCCGUCUCAAGUUCGCAUAUGUGGGGCUUCAUCGCCGACACCAAAGGCAGAAGAAACGUGCUCAUCAUCAGCAUGGUGAUGAGCUGCGUAACUAGUAUAAUAUCGAGCAUAACCCCAUACGACUGGAUGUUCAUCCUGAUCAGAUUCAUAAACGGAUUCUUUGUGGGUGGAAGCUCGGCUGUGGUUUACGCUUACGUUGGAGAAUUCCACGAUAAAACGCACAGACCCAAGGUGGUUUCUUGGAUAACAACAUUCGUUGCUUUUGGAAACAUGGUAAUCCCAGGUCUGGCUUGGCUGAUCCUUCCACUAGACUUCCACUUCAAUCUCUUCAUCUUAGAGCACGGCUUUCGGCCUUGGAGGUUAUUGGUCAUUUGCAAUAGUCUACCAAGUCUGUUCUUCGCUUUCUGGUUGUUGCGUUUACCGGAAAGCCCGAAAUACUUAAUAGCUAGAGGAAAGUGCCAGGAAGCUCUGGAAAUCUUAAAAACGAUGUACGCUGUGAAUACGGGAAACCCGCGGGAUGAGUUUCCAGUGACAGAGAUCAAAUCCGAGGAAGACUUGGAGAGCAAUCUGAAGAUAGAUGGAGUUCUGACCACAAUGUGGAAACAAACAGCACCACUAUUUCAAACACCAUAUCUACUAAAAACACUAAUGGUCUGCUUCUUACAAUUCGGAACUUUCUUUUCGUCAUCAGGUCUAAUAAUGUGGUUUCCAGAAUUAUUAAAUCAGAUGACUAUUUUCGCAUCGAACAAUCCUGGUAGACCAAUUCAGUUAUGCACAUCAGUAGCUUACUCCAACUACAUUACAAACGCCACCGCAUUGGCAGACAUUUGCAUUGAUUCUGUGGAUACAACAACUUUCGUAACAACUUUAAUCGUCGCAGUGCUUUUUGCUGUAAUGUACAUCGUCAUUGGAAUCAUAAUAAACAUAAUUGGUGGCAAGAAACUCUUGAUAACUCUAAUCACCAUAGCCACGGCUUGUGGUCUCGCUGCCCCAUACAUUGAAGGAGAAAUUCCUUCCAUAGCUUUAAUAGGAAUCUUCUUAACAGUAGCUACAUGCGUUGGUAUCAUAAACGCAAUUGUCGUAGAACUGUAUCCCACUCAGCUAAGAGCCAUGGCUUUAUCAAUCUCGUUGAUGUCUGGACGUAUUGGGGCUGUGGUUGGAUCAAACGCCGUCGGACCUCUGAUCUACAACCUAUGCGAAUACAUGUUUUACAUAUUCACCGUUGAUCAUUUGCUGUUGAUACUAAUAGUUGUGUUGUUACCAUCGCCAUCCAAACAAAAGAUGAUACAACCGAAAGUCUAAAUAUAAUAUACAUAAUAAUUUAUUGCGAAAUAAGUCUACGCCUUGAACAAUUUAAAUUUCUUAAAAUAUUUUUGGAUCUCCUCUUUGGGAUACGGCUUGGCCGCAAUGCAAGUUGGAAUAUUCUCGGGCUGCUCGAACCACAGUUUGUGCUUCACAUCCGCCUCCUCCAGCUUAGAUUUAAGACCCAUCAAAGAGCUCUCGUCGCUCGCUUCAAGAACUACAGUGUGCAUGUUAUCCA